AUGGCUGGAGGUGCAGCAUCGGGCGAUGCUUCCGGCAGCGUCGUGGCACCGCCUCUCCCGCAGUUCGCUGCAUACAUCGUUGUCGUCGUCAUCGGCUUCAUCUUUGCUGCCGUCAUGAUUGGCAUUACCCACAUCCUCAAGCGUACGGUCGGUGAAGACAACAAGAAGACGGAGAUGUUCAUCACAGCCAACAGGACUGUCAGCACUGGUCUCACGAGUUCGGCCGUCAUCUCGUCGUGGCUCUGGAGCACGGCUAUGUUGGGAAGUACCCUCGUCGGCUACAACUUUGGCGUCGCCGGUCCCUUUUGGUUCGCCGCAGGCUGUUCCCCCAUGAUUGUCUUCUUCUCUCUCCUGGGUAUCGCCUGCAAAAUGCGUGUCCCCCAGGCGCACACCCUGCUCGAGAUUAUCCGCAUCCGCUACGGCAAGGUUGGCCACAUUGUCUGGAUCGUACUGUGCCUCAUCAACAACAUUAUCGCCGUCGCCAACAUGCUGCUGGGCGCGAGCGCAGCCAUCUCAGCGCUCUCUGGCAUGCACGUCAUUGCCGCAACGUUCCUCCUCCCCGUCGGUGUCAUUUUGUACACCUUUGUUGGCGGCAUCAAGGCCACGUUCCUCACCGACUAUGUCCAUACGUUCAUCAUCACUAUCAUCAUUUGCUUCUUCACGAUCAAGGCCUUCUUGACGCCCGAGAUUUCGUCGCCUGCCCAUCUCUAUGAGCUGAUUGUGGCCGCUGGCGAGGCACACCCCGUCAGCGGUAACCACAACGGCUCCUACCUGACCAUGACGAGCCACGGCGCCAUGCUGUUCGGCAUCAUCCACGUUCUCGCCAACUUUGGCCUCGUCGUCAUGGACACGGGCUUCUUUGUCAAGGCCUUUGCCGCUCGUCCCCAGGCCGUCGUACCUGGGUACGUCAUUGGGGGUAUUGCCUACUUUGGCAUCCCCUGGUGCCUGGGAACGCUGAUGAGCUUUGUAGCCCUGGGUCUUGAAGGCGAGGAGAUCUUCCCGACGUAUCCUCGACGCAUGUCCGGCACGGAAAUCUCCAAUGGCCUUGUGCUCCCGUACGCCGCCAUUGCCAUUGCCGGCAAGGGUGGCGCCACGGCGAUCCUGCUCAUCACCUUCAUGGCCGUCACGUCGACGCUGUCGGCCCAGGUCAUUGCCGUCUCGUCCAUCAUCAGCUUUGACAUUUACCGCCAGUACAUCAACAAGGCCGCUACCGACCGGGAUGUCAUUCGAUGGAGUCACAUCGGCGUCGUCUUUUUUGGCCUCUUCUCUGCUUGCUUCUCAACCGUGCUUCACUAUGGCAAGGUCGAUCUCGGCUGGACGCUGUACAUGCUGGGCGUCUUGACAUGCCCCGGCAUCUUCCCGACGACCUUUGCUAUUCUCUGGAAGAAACAGUCUACCGUGGCUGCUGUCGUCUCGCCCAUCCUCGGUCUCUUCACUGGUCUUGCUGUCUGGCUCGGCACUGCUCAAGCGCUCUUUGGCGAGAUCAGCGUCGCAUCCACCGGUCAAGCGGCCCCCUGCACCUGGGGCACGACGGCAUCUGCGUUAAGCCCGGCGCUCUACUCUGUCGUUAUUUCUCUCGUGAAGCCUGCCAAUUUCAACUGGGCCGACUUCCGCAACGAGAAGCUCACUCUCGAUGGUACGACACAGAAUGUCGAGGAAUCGGACUAUCAGACAAACAAGGCCCAGCUCAAACGUUGGGGCCGCCUCAGUGCGUACUGGUCGCUCGCCACGUUCUUCGGACACUGGGUCCUGUGGCCUCUGCCAAUGUACGCGGCCAAGUAUGUCUUUAGUGAGAGCUUCUUUGUGGCCUGGCUUGUCCUUGCCAUUAUCUGGGUGUGGAUCACAAUGUUUGUCGCCGGCUUUUUCCCAAUCAUCGACGGGCGCAAGCAAAUCGUGGAUGUCAUUCAAACACUACGGGGGCGCAGCAAGAAGCCCGAGACGAGCGAAAGCGAGGAACCCGCGACGCCGCCGAGUCCGUGCCUAUGA